AUGUCGCCUCCCGUGACUCCGCCCACCAAGAAGUGCAUCUGCCAGCUGUGCUCCUGCGGGCGCCACCAUUGCCCACAUCUUCCCACCAGGAUCUAUGAGAAGAGCGAGAAGCCAUGUUUCCUGUCAGAGUACGUGGAGCAAUACCCCCUGUAUCCCUACGCCCAUCCCAGAGACUCAUUCAAGCCCAAGGCAGAAUACCAGAAGCAGCCAGUGGCCGUGGAGGGAAUGACAACUUUCAAGAGAGAUUACGUACCUCAUGAAGUGUUGCCAGUGAAAUUCAAACCACCUGAAAAGUAUGUCAAGAGUGACGAGAACAUGGAUUUAAUCUCAAUAUAUAAACAAGACUACAACCCCUAUCCUAUCUGUCGAGUUCCUCCCUGCUUGCCCCGCGAGACUAACUACACUUCCAAUGUCAAGAUGGACACAAUACCUACGUACAAAGGUGACUACGUGCCAUGGAAUGAAUCAAAACGAGAGAUGAUUAAACCAGACAAUAAAUACCAUCCAUCGGAAGCAAAAUUUGACUACAGAACCACUGUCCAGGAUGAUUAUGUAUAUAAGGGACCAGUCGCCACUCACAGCUGCAAACCUCUGAAUCCAGCCCACAUGACAAAGGCACCUUUGGAGGACCUGACAAAUUAUAAAUUGAAUUAUGUGCCACAUCCCUUGGAGAAACGCUUUGUCCAUGAGUAUGAGAAGUAUAAACCCAGUGAAACCCCAUUUGAUGGCCUCACCACCCACAAACAAUCAUACAAGGGUCUGGCUGGCCCGCCUGCCAAGAUAGUGAAACCGUACCAGUCAAUGCCAACCCACGAUCUCCCAUUUUCCUCUUCCACAGAGUUUCGGGAAAAAUACCAAGCUUGGCCACAGCACCCCAUGUUCACCAGAAAACCUGAUGUGUACGUGCCCCCCGUAGAGAAAAUGGACCUUCAGACAACUACUCAGACUCAUUACACAUACCCUAAGGGACAGCCAGCCAAGGCAUGUCGGCCCUUGGGCCAUGUUCAGAAAACCACUGCACCCUUUGACAGCUGCUCCACCAUGAAGGAUGAUUACAAGCCAUGGCAUGGUAAGAAAGCAAAACCCAUCAUACCUGUCUCAGAACUUACUUUGCCAGCAGAACCAAUGGAGAACCUGACCACCUUUCGGGCCCAUUACGUGCCUCACCCCCCCACUUUAACUAAGAGCUUUAAGCCGGGUUGGUCAGCUGCACGGCCUAACAUGCCACUCGAUGCAGAAACCACCUACGCCACCAGCUACACGCCGAAGGAAAUUGUCAAAUGCCUUGCCUCCUACAAAGAACCCCCAGGCUAUGUGCUUCAAGAAAUCGAUGCUGUCGGUCACAAGUUCUACUGCCCUGUUUCGGAGGCUGAACGCCCAAUGAGUUCAAAGAGUAAAGAGCGAAGAAGCAGCUUUUCUGGGAAUGGACUAUACCUACCUGGCCCAAAGGAACUACCAGUGACAGCCUGA